AUUUUUAGUUGUUAAAAAUAUAUUAACGUAAAAUCCACGGGAAGAUAAGAUUCGAAUUAGUUGACCAAAAAAAAUCCUAUCUAAGAAAGAAAAGGAUAAAGUUGUAAAUUUUUAUAUCUCCGGCGACGAUGAAGUGGUCGCUAAUCGCCGUUGUGGCCGCUUUUACGAUCGUCUCCGCCGGAACACAAUCCCAUCUCCUCCGUGGAUCUCCGGUCAAUUCUCUAUGCGCUGACCUCAUUCAUCCGGCUGGGUACUCCUGCACCGAAGACACUAUUCAAACGAAAGAUGGGUACAUACUAGCUCUUCAACGUGUGGCUUCUCGUGCUCAAAAUCUAACACUUCAAUAUGGUCCACCUGUUCUGCUUCAGCACGGACUAUUUAUGGCUGGUGAUGUCUGGUUCUUGGAUUCCCCAAAAGAGUCACUAGGUUUCAUUCUUGCUGAUCAUGGUUUUGAUGUUUGGGUCGGAAAUGUUCGUGGCACACGAUAUAGUUAUGGACAUAUAACUUUGUCUGAAACUGAUAAGGAAUUUUGGGACUGGAGUUGGCAAGAUUUGGCUAUGUAUGACUUGGCAGAAAUGGUUCAGUAUCUAUACUCAGUUACAAACUCCAAAAUUUUCCUUGUUGGGCAUUCUCAGGGGACUAUCAUGUCUUUUGCUGCUCUUACUCAGCCACAUGUUGCGGAAAUGGUCGAAGCAGCUGCGUUGCUUUGUCCAAUAUCGUUUUUGGAUCAUGUCACAGCUCCACUUGUAGAAAGAAUGGUUUUUAUGCAUCUUGAUCAGAUGGUUGUUGCUCUUGGGCUGCAUCAAAUAAACUUUAGAAGUGAUAUGUUAGUUAAACUUGUUGACUCGUUAUGUGAAGGGCAUAUGGAUUGCAGUGAUUUCCUCACAUCGAUAACAGGGAAGAAUUGUUGUUUCAAUGCCUCGAGGAUCGAAUACUAUCUAGAUUACGAGCCUCACCCAUCAUCUGUCAAGAACUUGCGCCAUCUUUUCCAAAUGAUUCGGAAGGGGACCUUUGCGCAGUAUGACUAUGGUUUGCUGAAAAACCUAUUAAUUUAUGGGUUAUCGAAACCUCCGGAAUUCAAACUCAGCCUCAUUCCUGCAUCAUUGCCGAUGUGGAUGGGGUAUGGUGGGAAUGAUGGCUUAGCAGACGUGACAGAUGUGGAACGUACGCUCGCGAAAUUACCUUCGAGGCCGGAGUUGCUAUAUCUUGAGAAUUAUGGUCACAUUGACUUUGUGCUUAGCACAAGUGCCAGAGAAGAUGUCUAUAAGCACAUGAUUCAGUUUUUUGAGGCAAAGAGAAAGUAUAGUAGUUAAAUAUAUUCUCUACUUUGCACAUAUUAUUCAUUGUCCACAAAAUAUGUAUCUGAUUGUAAGUAUUUUCCUUCAUGAACCUUUGUAUGUUGCCUUAAGUAAUUGAAAUAUGUUGAGUUUGUGCCUAA